AUGGUAAGCCAUCGCUUUUCAACGGUUGAACAAAAAGAAAUUGUUGAAGGCGUAUUUUCUAGGGACCAAAAUACUUUUAAUAAUUAUUUUGUAUCUAAAAUAUUUGAUUUAAAGAAAUUAAAAGUUGAUGAAAUUAAAGCAAUAUUAAAGAUUGUUAGACAUUAUAGACCAAAUACAAGAUUACAAGGGAAUAAACCUCAAUUAUUAAGCUCAUUAGAGAGUAUAGCUUUUGGUCCAUCCUCCUCAUCUUCAUCCUCCUCAUCCUCCUCAUCUUCAUCAUCAUCUUCUCAUCAUAAUCAUAACCAUAAUAAUAAUAGAAUAGCACCCCCAACACCACAAUAUGCUCUAAAACCAAAUGCAAUUUAUUUACAACAGAGACUACAAGAAAUUGAGCGAAUACAUAAUGCUCAAAGACAAUUAGAAUCUAUAUAUCCAAAUAUUUCUACUAACAAUAAUAAUAGUACUACUACUACCACCACCACUAAUAAUAAUAGUAACUAUAAUAGUAGUAAUAACAAUAGUAAUAGUAAUAAUAACUUCAAUUAUAAUAACAACAAUAAUAAUUAUAAUAAUAAUAAUUAUAAUAAUUAUAAUAAUUAUAAUAAUAAUUAUAAUAAUAAUAAUUAUAAUUAUAAUGGUAGUAUUAAUUCAGAACAUCAUAAUCAAGCAUCUAAUAAUUUUCAAUUACAAGUUCAAAAAUUAAAUGGUGGAAUUAAUAAUUUUACAGAUAAUGUUCAAGAACCACCAAGACAAUAUAAAGAUACAAUGCAAAAUAUAACUAGAUUUAUAUUUACAAUGCAAAAUAAAUCAAGCUCUGAUUAUAAUAAUCCUUCAGUUCAAAAGAAACUACAACUUAAUGAUAGUAGUUUUGAGGAAAAACAAUCACCAUUCUUUCAAGAACUUGAUAAAUUGGUGAUAACAUCAUUCGUUUCCACUGUAACCGUUUCAUUUAGUUUAGAUUUAGAGACUUGGAAAAUCAUUGAAGCAGCACAACAGAAAUUAUUAAACCCAUCAUUACCACCACCACCUCUAAAAGACGAUUACUCAAUUCAAAUUAGGUUAUACAAUAAACAAAGUGGUAGUGAUAUUCAUUACGGUUCAGAUAUAUAUUUAUCAGUCAAUGGUAAAUCAAUUAAUAAUGAGCAAUUUAAAAAGAUUAGAACUAAAUCAUUUUCAAAUCCAUGUGUAAUUCAAAAACCAAUUGACAUCACCCACUUGGUGAAAAGAUCUGAUAAUAGAGUCAAUUUACAAAUUCAGAAUAGAACAAGUGGUAUCAUGGUUGUACAAUUAUUAAAGAACCAAACUCUGCAACAGGUGGUUGAGGAAAUUAAAAUGAAGUCGGAAAUGGAGGAAUCUCAAUCGGCUGAUAAGAGACAAAAGAAAAAUGAAGAUGAUUUGGAAGAGUUAACCUAUGAUUUAACAGUUCGUUGUCCUUUAAGUUUUAAAAGGAUUGAAUAUCCUGCUAAAUCUAAAAAGUGCACUCAUAAUCAAUGUUUUGAUUUAUGUAGUUUUACAGAGUAUUCAAAUCAACAACAGCUUUGGAAUUGUCCAAUUUGUCAUGCUGUUGCUCCUCCAAAUUUAUUAUUAAUAGAUCCAUUCUUUCAAAAACUUUUAUCACAAGCACCUUCAACUUGUGAAAUUAUUACCAUUUUUCCUGAUGGUCAUUGGGAAUAUAAAAAUGAAUCUGCUGAAAAUUUUAGUGAUGAUGAUGGUAAGGAUGAUGCUGAUGGUGGUGGUGAUGGUGAUAAAACUACCACUACUGCUAAUAAUAUAGAGAUUGUAGAUUUACUUGACUCUGAUGAUGAUGGUAAUAAUAAUAAUAAUAAUAAUAAUAAUAAUAAUAAUAAUAAUAAUAAUAAUAAUAAUAAUAAUAAUAAUAAUAAUAAUAAUAAUAGUAAUGAUAUUCCAACUCAAACUGUAUCAACUUCAAGUGUUGCAACCACUAUGACACCCUCAACUUUAACGACAUUGGAUCAAUCAGCAACGACAUUAGAUCAAUCAGCAACUACAUUAGAUCAAUUAGCAGCAGCAUCAACAACUACAACAACUACAACAAAUCUCGGUAGUGAAUCUGUUCCUUAUGAUGAAGAGGAAGAGGAAGAAGAGGAUUCUGGAGACUCUGAUGAAUUUCGAAGUAGUCCUAUUGAAGAAGAGGAGGGGGAGGAAGAAGAUGAAGAAGAAGAGGAAGAAGAGGAUUCUGGAGACUCUGAGAUAUACAGCUUUUAUUCAAGAGCAGGAAUUAAUGCAGGUGAGGAUGAGGAGGAUGAUGAUGAGGAUGAAGAUGAUGAUGAUGAAUGUGAAUGUGGUAAAGUUCAUUCAAAUAAACGUAAAAAUAUACUUCAUAGCUCUGUUUACUAUAGAAAUGAAUUUUUAAAGAAUGCAAAAAAGAAUAAGAAAAAUAGUGACAACAAUAACACUAAUAUUAAUAAUAUUAAUAAUAUUAAUAAUAAUAAUAAUUCAAGAAAUAAUAGUGCAACUGAUCCAAUUGUAAUUGAUGAUGAUUAA